ACCUGACAAGAUGAUUGACAACCUGCUCCAAAUCUGCUUCAGAGGAACAUUUGAGAAACUGGAGGUAGCAGUCAGGAACAUGGUGGAUGAAGGCUACGCAGCCACACAGAUCUUGACACAGCUUCAUGAGUGUGUCAUAGAGCAGGACCUGAGUGACAAGCAGAAGUCGACUAUCACAGAGAAGAUGGCAGUGGUGUGCAAGUGUCUGUCAGAUGGUGCAGACGAGUACCUGCAGCUGUUGAGUCUGUGUUCAGUCAUCAUGCAGGUGGCUUCCCACAACUAAAUCCCCUUCCAUAAACGUCAUGGUCGUCUGCUCCCAUUGGGACCAAAGGCUUUACAGAGACACUUAACUCAGAUUUAUCUGCAUUUGAUUGUUGUUUGGGAUGCUUAACCGUGGACACCAGGCGACCGUGAUCAUUCAUAAACAACGUCAGAGCACUUCAUUAAAAAAAGAAAAGAAAAAAGGACAUGUUAGUACUUAUCCAACAUACUUUUGUACACUUUCUGAAUUCUGGAAAAUAAUAAAUAGUUCUUUGUUUUCAGGG